CCGGGAACGCCCGCAGCCAAUUAGGGGGUCUGCGGGCGCAGCCGGGAGCGGCAGGUGGAGCCGGGCCGGUGGGCGGGCGCGGGCCGGGUCCCAGACCGCGUCCCACGGCUCCCGGGCAGGGUGUGGGCGCGGCGCGAGCGGGGCCGGCACGCGGGAGGCGUCCCCGGAGACGGGAGCGAACGGGGCGGGGUCCGCGGCCGCCCGAGAGGUUCCGGGUGCUCCCGCCGCGCGCAGCCCCGGGCGCACUUGACCGGGACCGGGCUGCGGGGAAGGGCGGGUCUGGGGAGAACCCCCGAGCGCCGCGGCGUCCUCCAGCCCCUCCUCCUCGCGGCCGCCGAGCCACAGCCCGAGCCGGAGCCACAGCCGGAGCCGGAGCCGGAGCCGGCGCCACCUCGCCCCCUGGCUCGCGCGCCCCGAGCCAUGGCUUUCGCCAAUUUCCGCCGCAUCCUGCGCCUGUCUACCUUCGAGAAGAGAAAGUCCCGCGAAUAUGAGCACGUCCGGCGGGACCUGGAUCCCAACGAAGUGUGGGAGAUCGUGGGCGAGCUGGGCGACGGCGCCUUCGGCAAGGUCUACAAGGCCAAGAACAAGGAGACGGGCGCGUUGGCCGCCGCCAAAGUCAUCGAGACCAAGAGCGAGGAGGAGCUGGAGGACUACAUCGUGGAGAUUGAGAUCCUGGCCACCUGCGACCACCCCUACAUCGUGAAGCUCCUGGGCGCCUACUACUACGACGGCAUGCUGUGGAUCAUGAUCGAGUUCUGUCCGGGGGGAGCUGUGGAUGCCAUCAUGCUGGAGCUGGACCGAGGCCUCACCGAGCCCCAGAUUCAGGUGGUUUGUCGCCAGAUGCUGGAAGCCCUCCGCUUCCUGCACGGCAAGAAGAUCAUCCACCGGGACCUGAAGGCCGGCAACGUGCUGAUGACCCUGGAGGGCGACAUCCGGCUGGCCGACUUUGGUGUGUCUGCCAAGAAUCUGAAAACCCUGCAGAAACGAGAUUCCUUCAUCGGAACGCCUUACUGGAUGGCCCCCGAGGUGGUGAUGUGUGAGACCAUGAAGGACACCCCGUACGACUACAAAGCCGACAUCUGGUCCCUGGGCAUCACCCUGAUCGAGAUGGCCCAGAUCGAGCCCCCGCACCACGAGCUCAACCCCAUGCGGGUCCUGCUCAAGAUCGCCAAGUCGGACCCCCCCACGCUGCUCACGCCCUCCAAGUGGUCCGUGGAGUUCCGAGACUUCCUGAAGACGGCGCUGGACAAGAACCCGGAGACCCGGCCCAGCGCUGCGCAGCUCCUGGAGCAUCCCUUCGUCAGCGGUGUCACCAGUAACAAGGCUCUGCGGGAGCUGGUGGCCGAGGCCAAGGCCGAGGUGAUGGAGGAGAUUGAAGACGGCCGGGAUGAGGGGGAAGAGGAGGACGCUGUGGAUGCCACCUCUCCUCUGGCGAACCACACUCCCAACUCUUCUGACGUGAGUCAGGUGAGCCUCGAUGCCAACAAGCCUGUCACUCCGGAACCAUCUGUCACUCCGGUGCCACCCAGCCAGCCUCAGGACGGGGAGAAUGGGCCCAGCCUGCCCUCCGGGGACAGUUCCCCCCAAACCACCAGGCCCCCGGAUGUGGCCGCUGGGAAUGAGAAUGGCCUAGCGGUGCCUGUCCCUCUGCGCAAGUCCCGGCCAGUGUCAAUGGGCGCCAGGAUUCAGGUGUCUGAGGAGAAGCAGGUGGCUGACCAGCCUGGGGACCUCAGUCCGACAGCCAACCGGCCCCGGAAGACGAGCCAGAGCCGUCCCAUCAGCAGCGCCCUGGAGACCUUGGGCAGCGAGAAGCUGGCCAACGGCAGCCUGGAGCUCCCCGCCCCGGCCUCUCCUUCCAAGAGGGACUCGGACUAUGGCAGCCUGUCCACCUCUGAGAGCAUGGACUACGGCACCUCCCUGUCUGCCGACCUGUCCCUGAACAGAGAGACGGGCUCUCUGUCCAUCAAGGACUCCAGGCUGCACAACAAAACCCUCAAGAGGACACGCAAGUUUGUGGUGGACGGCGUGGAGGUGAGCAUCACCACCUCCAAGAUCAUCAGCGAAGACGAGAAGAAGGACGAGGAGAUGAGAUUUCUCAGGCGCCAGGAACUCCGAGAGCUCCGGCUGCUCCAGAAGGAAGAGCAUCGGAACCAGAACCAGCUGAGCAGAAAGCACGAGCUGCAGCUGGAGCAGAUGCACAAACGCUUUGAACAAGAAGUCAACGCCAAGAAGAAGUUCUUUGACACGGAGCUGGAGAACCUGGAGCGCCAGCAAAAGCAGCAGGUAGAGAAGAUGGAGCAAGACCACGCUGUGCGCCGCCGGGAGGAGGCCAAGCGGAUCCGCCUGGAGCAGGAGCGGGACUACACCAGGUUCCAGGAGCAGCUCAAACUGAUGAAGAAGGAGGUCAAGAACGAGGUGGAGAAGCUCCCCAGGCAGCAGCGGAAGGAGAGCAUGAAGCAGAAGAUGGAGGAGCAUGCGCAGAAAAAGCAGCAUCUCGACCGGGACUUCCUAGCCAAGCAGAAGGAGGACCUGGAGCUGGCGAUGAAGAAGAUCACGGCCGACAACAGGCGGGAGAUCUGUGACAAGGAGCGCGAGUGCCUCACUCGGAAGCAGGAGCUCCUUCGAGACCGGGAGGCGGCCCUGUGGGACAUGGAGGAGCAUCACCUGCAGGAGAGGCACCAGCUGGUCAAGCAGCAGCUCAAGGACCAGUACUUCCUCCAGCGGCACGAGCUGGUGCGCAAGCACGAGAAGGAGCGGGAGCAGAUGCAGCGCUACAACCAGCGCAUGGUGGAGCAGCUGAAGGUGCGGCAGCAGCAGGAGAAGGCGCGGCUGCCCAAGAUCCAGAGGAGCGAGGGCAAGACGCGCAUGGCCAUGUACAAGAAGAGCCUGCACAUCAGCGGGGCGGGCAGCGCCGCCGAGCAGCGCGAGAAGAUCAAGCAGUUUUCCCAGCAAGAGGAGAAGAGGCAGAAGGCAGAGCGGCUGCAGCAGCAGCAGAAACACGAGAACCAGAUGCGGGACAUGGCGGCACAGUGCGAGAGUAACAUGAGUGAGCUGCAGCAGCUGCAGAAUGAAAAGUGUCACCUCCUGGUAGAACAUGAAACCCAGAAGCUGAAGGCCCUGGACGAGAGCCAUAACCAGAACCUGAAGGAAUGGCGGGACAGGCUUCGGCCACGGAAAAAGGCUCUGGAAGAAGAUCUGAACCAGAAGAAGCGGGAGCAGGAGAUGUUCUUCAAAAUGAACGAGGAGACUGAAUGCCCGAACCCCACCACCCCAAACAAGGCCACCAAGUUCUUUCCCUAUAGCUCUGCUGAUGCUUCCUAACAGCCACUUGGGGCUGU